AUGAGAGUUCAUCAAAUAAUAACUGGUUCUUGCAAUGGUGACUACUCACACAUUUCUCAAGCAAAAGUACGGGGUUCUAAUUACAUUGUGUAUGCUAGUGGAUGUGAUAUAGUCAUUCUGAAUGAAUCUUUUUGCCGUAGUCAGGUAAUUUCAGGGGGUGAAUUGGGAAGUUCUGUAGUCACAGCUGUCAGUUUCAAUCAUUGGGAUGGAAAGAUUGCUGUCGCUAAUGCUAAAGGAAUAUAUGUCUACGUCCCACAGGCAACAACAGAAGGUCUGCUAACCAAUUCAUCGAAAUUACUUUGGAGUUUUUCUAGCCGCAUACCAUUACCUUCUAAAUCUGAGGUGGUUUGUCUUUGUUGGUCGCAUAGACCAUGUUUUGAAUUUCCAAAUUUUGGCCUACUGGCUGGUUUUGAAGAUGGACAACUAUGCAUGUGGAGAUCUAAUACAGUCAGCAAUGUUGUUCAUCCCACUCCUCGUUUUCACAUUGGAACUGACCUGAUAGAUUUACAGUGUGAAACAGACUCAGGUGGCUUGGUAAAUUCUACACCGGAUACACAAUCAGAAUGGAGAGUUGUAUGGCGUCAUCAAAUGAAAGGUACCCCGCUACAAAUUGAUUUCAGUACUGAUGGUUUAUAUUUUGCUAGUAUAAUUAAAUGCGAUGAACCGAAUAAUAAUCAUGGAAUUAAAUUCAAUAAUAUCAUGCAUGUAUGGUUUCAUGAUCCUUGUUUUGCAAUGAAUCCUUUGAAAAGUCAUAAUGAAGGAGAGUUUCAAAUGACAGAAAAUUGGGAACCGAUUCACCUACCGCAUCCUUGUGAUGUUUACUCGUUUAGUUGGCGUCGUACAAGUCGAUAUCUUCCGAGCGGUUGGAUCCCGAAUGUAUUACUCACCGCUGGUGAAGAUAACCUAUGUCGUGUAUGGGUGGAAGUUACUCAUCCUCCGCCGAGUUAUUCUUCAUUAUCAAAUACUCCACAGUUGUUUGGAUCGACUCAGAUGAGAAAUGACUCAGAUAUUCCAAUUUCUUCCAAAGUCAAAUUACGAAUACCUCAAGGUGGUGUUAUAGAUACAGAAGUGAAGUACAAAGCAACUUGUGAAUCAACUAAAGAGAUGAAUGGAUCUCAUGGAUUACCAUCUUCAUUGUCCUCGUGUGAAAAUUAUAUCACUGUAGAAUUACCUGACUGCUUUUUAAAGCAUCCUCUUUUAAAGCAUUUUCUAGAUCUAUGGUUAACUGAUCCCUUGUCAAAAAUUCAAGUAGAUUAUCAAGGAACAACACCUAAUAAUAAUGACGCUGGUGGAAAGUUGAAUUUUCCUGCCAAUCUAUCUUUUCCUCAAUUUACAUUUACCACCUCUUUACCAUUGGAUAACUUUCCUGAAAUUAGUUCACUUCAUAGUACUACUGCUACUACUACGACGACGACUUCUUCAAAUAGAUCACAUAUUGGUCGAUUUACAACACAUUGGUUCAACAAUAAAGAAUAUCGUUUCAAUACUCAAUUAGAAUUAUUUAUGAUGGAUGCAAUAUCAAGAAUUCUAGCGAUACCUGUGCAUAUUUCAUGUGAUAACGCGUCUUCUUCUUCUUCUUCUUCAACGUCACUAUCAUCACUGUCAGCGAAUAACAAUAUUCUCUCUCCUGAAUUAUCCGAUCAAAUAGCAUUAAUGGAUCAAACAGUGUUUAAGCUAUUAGGUGAACUACAACAUGCACCAGAUGUUGUAUUUGCUAUACAUCCGAUUGAUGGAAGUUUAAUUGUUUGGUACAUACACGGUUUGGAUAUGUCUGUUCCCAAUUCAAAAGGCAUUCGUACUCAAAAAGUUUCUAUCCCUCGGGAAACAGCUGGUCGUGAUGAUGCGAAAUUCAAUUGUGAAUCAGCCUUCACGCUGAUUCCAAAUAUGAGCGGUCGAUUGACACAAGUCACCUGUAGUGUACGAUCACGUUUACAUCAGGCAAUACCAUUGGAUGCAGCCUGUUCUAUUUCACACAGACUGUUCACCUAUUUAACAACGGAUCAUUUACGGAGUAAAAUGAAUCAAAGCCUACACACUACUACUAACAAGAACAAUUUCAGUAGUAUUCAUGUGAAUAAGAAGAAGGACAGUAGAAAUCCUUUGAUGACAAUUAAUUAUCAAGAUAAUUUGGAUAUCUUUUGUCAUCUGUUUCUUUUAAAGUAUGCUGUGAAUCAAGUUUUUGCGCAAUUUUCAAAAUUCUUAUUGAAAUGUACUACUAAUAAUAGUACUGCGACUAAAAUAUUAGAUCAAUUUAAACAGAAACAAUUGAAACCGAUAUUGUCAUCAUUGGCUGAAAUUCAAUUGAAUUCAACAAUGUUUGAAUCACGUGUUCAGCAUUCUUCACAUGUAGCUAUGAUAACAAUGCAUACGAACGGAUCAUUACGGUAUUGGCGUAUAGAUGUUUCAGAGCAUAGUCACUAUCAAUGGAUUGUCAGUAUAUCAGGUUGUUCCCGAUUAAGUGGACAUCGUUUCCACACUGGUACUAUUGUCCCACAUCCUCUGCUACCGCUUGCACUAAGCACAUCCCACUAUGCAUCUACAAGAACAAGAAAUGCUGUUUGUAAAAGUAUUAAUUUCAGUGAAAUCAUCUUAUGGCAUAUUUCGUCAGUUGGUCCUUUAACUACCGGGUAUACAUCUUCCCUAUUAUCUACAAAUUGCCAAUCUCAUUGCCUACAACAUUCCCGCCUAAAUCGUGCCAAUACAGAUGAGUUAACCUCAGAUCUGAUCAAGUCGACUUCACUCACCAACACUGACAUUAGUGGAUGUGGUAAUAUAUCAUCCCAUGGGGGGAUAUCCGAAAUAGCAAGAUUAAACUUUUCAAAUAUCUCCAAUAAUCCAUGUUUAGCAUUUAGGCAUAUUGCAUGGUUCCCGUGUAUGGUGACAACAUCAGCGACAUCGUAUCCUGUCGCCUUAUUCGUCGCAUCACUUGAUAUUAAUACUACUAGUAGAAAUAUCAGUAGCACCAAUGCUGGCGGCGAUGAUCAACUUGGCUUAUUUUUAACCUUUUCAAAGUUUAAACAAGUUAGUAAUAAUAGUAAUAGUGGACCAAUGAAUGAGAAUUCAGAGGAACAUCGUCGACUGUUGUAUAGUUCGCGGAAUUCAGAUACACUGGGAUGUAUUAUCCAGUUGGAUUAUGAAUUACCCUAUUCAUCAAGUCAAAUGAAAGAUGAUCAAUCUUAUACUGCAGAAACCUUACUGUUACACGUUUUCCCAAGUCAAUUAAUUAUGAUGAAUAUGGACAAUUGUAAGCCAAGAACAAAUCCAUUAUCUGUUGUCUUACAUACUACUGAUAAUCCAGUGGGGAGUAGUGAGGCAGAUUCUGACUGCCUAGAGUCAAAUUCUUCACUAUCCACCUUUUUAAUUGUACGUAUGACACGAUAUACAAUGAAUGGUAAUGAUAAUAAGAUAAAUUCUACAAUUGGGACUACUGAAACUAAAGAGAUUGAAUUCUGUCGUAUGGAAAUGUGGCGUGUACGUGUUUCAACUAAUACGCGAUCGUGUAGUCUAACAACACCAACAACAGCAACAAUUGGGAGUCUGCUGAAAGUUGUUGAUAUUGAUAAUUUAACGACAUAUAAUAAUUUAAUCACUGAGGCUACAAAGGUAUGUGACUGUAAGCUGAAUCUUCCAUCGGGUGUCUCAAUAAUCUGUGCUCAAGUGUCAGCAGCUCAUGUCAGUUGGGCAGCACUGUCAACAUUCAACGCUCCACCACCGUAUUUAAUUGUUUCAGCUUGUUCUGAUGGUUGUCUACGAUUUUGGAAAUGUGAAUCGAAUACACCAGAUUAUUCAGUGUCUGACAAAGUUAAAGACAAAUUUAUCAGUCUAUUCACUUGGGAUGAAUGGCAAAUGCCACUGAUGCAAUCAAUGUCUAGUUGUAUUGAAUUACAACUACAAGACAACACUACUACUGCUAACAAUAAUAACACUAGUCUGGAAAUGACUGCUACACCUAAUAUUAUUAUAUUGGAUAUGGAUUGUGCAUAUAGUGGACGUUUGGCUGUAGCGUAUACUACUCAACAAUUAUACGACGGUGGUAGAGGUAUUACGACUACUGCUACUACUACUAAUAAUAGUAAUAGUAGUAGUAGGACAAUCUAUGUGACUGUAUAUGAAUGUGAAUCUAGUGGCGGUUGUGAAUGGAUACUAGAAGAUACUAUUGAGUUUACGUCUGCAUUUCCAUUUCAGGAGAAUAAUAACAACAAUAGCAGCAGCAAUAAUCUUGAUGAGUUAUCGAUUCAGUUGGAUUGGGUGAAUGCAGAAGACGGUGGACACUUACUGUCUGUGAUCAUUGACUGCGAAAUCUUUGUAUUUGCACCUGUCUGUCAAAAUAUUAAUUUCACACAUACUACCACUACUACUACUACAUCUAAUAAUAAUAAUCAUAAUAAAAAUAACAGUAAACUGAGAGGAGGACAUCUGUAUCAACCGACACUGAUGACGACACUUGGUGAAGUCUAUAUUGGUUGGAAACCAAUUGCAUGUUCACGUAUUAUGACAGCUAAUUAUCCUGGAACACUGCCUUCAUCUCCAUCGUCAAAUGAUCCUGAACAACAACAGUUGAAAUCUUAUUCAUUAGAUGAUGUAACAAAGGAGAAGCCUAUUCCUCAGCAUCGCCAGCAUCAUCGCCACAGUGGAGGACAUAAACAAGCGGCUUGGUUAAGAGAUGGUUUAUUGUUAGUUGGUGCUAGAACUGAAAUGCAAUUGUUCAGUCAAUGGCCAUCUGAUAGCUACUUCAGUGUAUUCAAAUGGCAGGUGAAAGUGAAAUCCGAUAAUUCACACGCCAGUACUGUCACUUCAUCACCGUCCAGUAGAACUGAAUCGUUUGAUACCAACACAUCAACUGAUAUUACAGAUGCAACAGUCUCUGGUAGUGCUAGUAUGUCAGUAGCACGUUUAACUAAGGUGUAUUCUGCCUACCCGUUGAAAUCUUCUCCGUCAAAGUCGUUGUUGCACGCUGGAAGUCAAAGUAAUCUAACUAACCUUACAGGCGGCGGUAAUAGCACUACUACUACGUCUACGAAGAAGAUGUCAACAACAGUUGAACCUAAUGAAUAUCAUCGUCAGCUGUCGAGAGAAAUGAGUCAGAUUGAUUUAAGCUCUGCAACAACCGGGGGCAUUGAUGUUAAAUCGAAUGAACAAAUAUUGAAAGAUAUUGAACUAUUAUCAAAUCUUGGAUUAUUUGAAGCUAUACAGGUUGUUAAUCCAGUUCUUCCACAAUUCCAUCCACGUCAAUUAUUAGAAUGGAUGAAUCUGGGGCAUUUACGUCGAAUCAAGGCAAUAUUAGCUCAUUUAACUCGAUGUUUGUCUGCUUUUGGUGCACCAUCAUCGAAUAGACAACAUCAUGGGACGUCGACAAGUAGUCGUAGAAUGACAAAGGGUAAUUUGAACUCAGAGUUAACCAACCUUGCCAUUGGUUCAUUCGAUACAUCGAUCAGUGGAGGCAGAACAUCUGGAAAACCGGGAACGUUACAGUCCAAGGUGGCUACAUCUUCGUCAAGUAAUCUUUUAGAAGCUCAAGCGAUUCCUCCACUUCCAUUAUAUGUCCUACUGGCUGUUGAUUCUCUACAAGUAACAGAUGUUAGUGCUGAUGUUGAAACUAGCAAACAGUUUGAUCCAUUAAAUGAUUGGAAUGAUGAAUUUGGAUCAGUAGAUGAGUCGAAAAUAUUUGAAAUACAAGACGAUGAUUUAAAUCUCAAUGACGAAGAUGAAGAAGUAGGCGCUGAUGGAGCUUCAUUGAAAAGUCAUACAGAAUCGAAGCAUUCCUUAUCGAAUUCAUCUACACAAAAAGCAUCACAAUUCUAUGGUUUUAGUGUAUGGUCAUUGAAACCGGCUGCUUUAGCCCGUAGUAUCCAGUUUUCUGAAGAUGAUGCUCGUGUACUUGCUGAGCAUCUAUCAACUCAACAGCUACCUGGUCUAUCACCAUUGGAUCAAAUGUAUUUACUUGGCAUAGCUGAUUUAAUGGCUAAAACACAUUCAGAUAUUACUGAUUGUUUGUCAGUAGGCAGUUCUACGAGACGUGAUAGUAAACAGCAUGCAUCAUCAUUACCAAAACAAGCAUCAGUUAAAGAUAGUUCCACUAAACAAGGCUUAGAUGAAUGCGGUCUACGAUUCCUCUUGACUGUUCAACUUUACUCGUAUUUGAGUAAAACACUCCCGCCGGCUCGUAGAGCUCAACUCCUUUCGUCUGGUUUAACUAAUUCUAGUCUUGUUUGGGCGUAUCAUUCUGAUUCACAAGAAGAGUUGUUAUCACGUUUACCAAUUGCUGCUACAACCUCAACUACUACUACUACUACUGCAGGCGGUGUGAGUAGUAUAGAUGCUUUAGAGUUAAAUUGGCCUGAUUUUAAACGAUAUGGUUGUGGUUGGUGGAUUCGAAGUGAAAGUCUACUUAUCCGAUGUGCUGAAAAGAUGGCGCGUACCGCAUUUCAAACCACCAAAGAUCCUAUGGAUGCUGCUGUUUUCUACUUAGCUAUGCGUAAAGCGAAAAUGGUAGCUGCAUUGUUCAAAACUACUGGAAAUAAAACAUUGGAGAAUUUCUUCCGUUCAGAUUUUACACCUGGUCAACCAGCUUGUCGACAAGCGAAGUUGAAUGCCUUUCGUCUACUUAGUCAGCAUAAAUAUCUUCAAGCGGCUGGAUUAUUUCUGUUAGCUGGAUGUUUAGAGGAUGCCGUGCGGGUGUGUUUAGACACUCUGAAGGACUUACAGCUAGGUGUCCUGAUAGUAAGACUGUAUACAUCAUCGUCACCGGGAAUAUCAGGACAUACAACAGUAUCUGCUUAUCAUGAUUUCUUGAGACAACAUUUAAUCAAGCACGAGGAUCCAUUCCUUAGAAGUAUGGCCUUUUGGAGUUUAGGUGACCCAUUAGCUGCUUUACAAACUUUACUAGAAGGGCCUGGAAUCCUAGUGAAUCCUGAUAGUUCAGGUAUUCCUGCGAAAAGAGAUAGUAUAGGCCAAUCGGUUCAACAGAGUCCACAACAUCCACGACAUUUGUCUGGUAAUAAUCAAAUUCCCGGCACUGGUUCUUCUUCUUCUUCAACAACAACACCACCAACAAAAUCUGUAUGCCCAAGUGUUUUUAAAUUCUACACCUAUUUACAAUCUCAUCCACUGGUAUUACGUCAACAGCGUAUUGAAGCAGCAAAUCUAAUCGAUUCUGGUGCUGUAUAUCGUGUGAAGAGUUUAGAGAGACGUUUAUACUUUCGAACUGCUCAUCAUUAUUUUGUCCUGGGAUGUCCAACAUUAGCACUUGAAGUGCUUACUAAACUACCACCUCUUGAAUUAGUGACUUUUUCAUCAAAUAUGGAUCAUAUACGUAGAAUGUCAACUGGUGGUGACACUGUGACUACUCCAUCUUCAACAUCUAGGCGUCAAUCAGAAAUAUUGUCGGGACAUGUUGCCCAAUCGGAAAUUUCAGCGAAGAAGGAAAGUACUGUGAAAGAAGAUGACGAUAAUCUGUUCACCCUGUCAUUUGAUGAUCCUAUUCAAAAGUAUGAAUCAGCGAAAUCACAAGAUCAAUUCACUCUUCAAUGGAGUGAUGAUGAAGACGCCGACAAUGAUGAUGAUGGUCAUAAGGGUAAAACUGAAGGCGCUGUUGACAAGUCUACGAGAAAUAAUCCUGUCCUUCAACAACAACAACAACAGCGACAACAGACCACAUCUCAAUCACUGGAUGAUUUCACUAUUGAAGGUCGAGGAGUUGUUGAUUUAAUAGCCAAUCAAUUGAAGUUUAUUGCUUGUUUAAAAAUAUUAGCUGAAGAAUUGAGUACACUGGCAGCUGGAGCUGAGUCUGAAGGUGUAUCUCUUCGCCAGCAUGUAUGGCAAUGGCUUGAAAAUGAAUUGGCUGUUGUGAAUUCUCUAACUGGUCUAAGCAAGUCUUCUACUUCUUCACUUACUGGUGAAAGAACAACAGAACACAAUACGAGUGUCAUUUCUUCAGAUAAUUCUGAAUGCUCUGGUCCGUUAACUUCAACAUCGUUCUUACUGACAACUAGAAACACUGGUUCUGUUUUAGCUGGUAUAUUUAUGAGUCUAUCGAAUGUUUCAUCAGAGAUACGUGAGGCAGAAUUGAACCGAUUGAAAACACGUUAUGAUUGGAUAAAAACUCAUGAAACCUUUUUAACAUCAUUAAUCAAUUUCUGUGAUUUAUAUGGAUCAAGUGGUAUGCGACUGCCAGCUGUACGUAUUGAAUUAUCCCUUCUGUUGAAUGAACUGUAUUCAUCGGCAUCAUCUUGUCUACCGACUAAUCAAUCAACUGGACUGUAUUCAGCUUAUAAAUCGGAUAGUAAUCUUGUCGCGCAUAGUGGUGGUGGUGGUAUCGGUGGGGGUUAUUCUCCUUCACCGCUGAAUUCAUGUUGGCCUAUGACAGCUGUAGCUUUAAUCGAUGGUAUACCAUUGCUACGUACAGUGAUGCGUUUACCGCCUGGUGUAUUACUGUUGCCUGAUUCAGUGAAGCGUAUCAAGUAUAUGGUUCAUGAUUUGAUCACAUGUUUGGAACUCCUGCCUCCACCAUUUCUAGUUAGUGUUCUCCUGCCUUAUCCAUAUCGUCCUCCGCAUGCACAUCACUGUGAUCAUCAUCGUCAUAAAUCCACUACUACUGGUAAAAAGUUGAAAUCACAUACUUCUGGAAAAGCUUCAGAAUCAUCUUCUGCAGGAGCUUAUUAUUGUGCUGAUUGUAUUUGGGCGCCAACAGCGGAUCGUCAGCGUAGAGUAUACCUUUUGCGUAAUUUAUGCGCUGCACUAUCUGCAUGUAUUCAUCAGUGUUUAUCUGUUGGUGGUUGGCUUGGUCUUGGUUAUCUGCUGGAUGACAAUUCAAUGAUGAUGAAUAAUAAUAAUAAUAAUUCAUCACUGACAAAAGUAUUCGCUCUACCAGCGACAAGUUCUAUAAAUGCUCGUUCAGUUGAUCGCCUAUGCGUUUCUGGUCAAGUAUUUAGACCAAACACAGAACCAGCUAAAUGGCCUGGUCUUACAUGCUUGAAGAGUUACACUGACCCACAGGUACAAAGCAGUACCAUCCAUCCGAGUCAAAUGAUGAUGCGUAUAGCAUCGUCAGCACAGAAUUUAUCCGAUCGUGGUGAAUCUGCUGUGCUAUCAACACCGCCAGUAGUCAUCCAAUCAGUUGACCGGCGUCGAUUAAUUGGCCUACUGGCUCAAGCUUUAGCUGCUUCAUAUUUCGGUCUACUUGUCUAUGCUUUAUACACUCGUGACACGUCUAUCCUCUAUCGGCUGGCAUGUGCACGUUUAGACGCAAAGACAUGGAGUCGUGUAUUCGGUGGAACAUACAGAGCUAAACCGUAUCGUCCACCAACACAACCACCCGGCAGCAGUAGCUCGGUAACAUUCAAUUUAAAGACAGCAACGACAACAACAGAUAAAAAAGGUGUUGCUCCGCCACCGCCGAAACCACCAAGUCGACCUAAACGUAAUCUAGGUAUGGCUAUGCGGAAAUUUCAUUUCCCUCAUAUUAUUGUACCAACUCCAAUUUCUGGUAAACGCGAUAGAUCAAAAUCACGUAGUCCUGAAAAAGCUGUUAUGAAGGCUAGAGAUCGUGCAGUUGCUGCUCUUGAAGUCGCAUCGAAGAUUGGCAGUCCACCAAAGCCUACUGUUCUAACUAGUCAACAUAUACGCUUCCUGGCGCAUGCUGAAGCUGCUGCUAUAGCUGACUCAAAGGGUGAAACAUACCGACAAGAUACUUCUGCCUCAAAUGAACAACAUGCAACAACAGGAGACCAACAACAACAACAGCAACAGCAAGCAUCGGUCAGCCCUGAUGAAUGGUUCAUCUUUGCACAAUCUUCCAUACUAUCAUGUCUUCUUGAACGUCCUCCUAAACAAACCGAUUUGCCUGCUGACGCUGAUCCAAAUCAAAUGAUGAUGUAUGAUUCUGACGCAAGUGAACCAUCAGCAAAUACUACGCCUGGAGGUGGGGAGUACUAUACAUAUCAAGAGGCGUUAACUAAACACCAGCAUUGUAUAAAUCGUGUUCGCCGAUUUAUUAAACAAUCCCAACGGAUAAAACAACGUAAACGUUUACAACAUCGUGUUAAACAUUCACUACAUUAUAGACUAACUGGUAAAUUUACAAACAACAGUCAUGAGGAUGCCGAUGGCGCUGAGGAAGAGGAGGAGGAAGCUGAUGGGGAAUGUCAUGAUCUCACAGACAAAGAUGACAGUGAUCUCGAUAAUGAUGAUGGAAAGGAUGAUAAAGGCGUUAUUCCAAUCGAUAAAUUAUACUUACCACCAAAAUCAUCUCUAUCGCCACCAGAAGGAAAAACCGCACAGUCUGUUUCACAGGAUGGCAAUUUAAAUCAAUUAUUGCUAAAUCUAUCAUCGGAUUUACAACCUCAAUGGAUUCUGAGACGACUUCAUUUAAACCCGGAUUUUAUGGAUACAUGGUGGGGUAGUGAAUUAGAAUGUGAAUUCUAUGCUGCUCUGAAUGAGUUGACUACUGAGUCAACAGAAAAAGGACAAACAAGAACAACAACAGCAGCAACAAGCUUGAAAGAUUUCUAUGAUUACAUGUCGAGCAGUGGGGGGGAUGCAGGCGGCGGUGACAAAAAUCCUCCUGGUAAUGAUGAUUUUAAUGAGGAUGGCGGUGCCGAUGAUGGUGUUGGUGGCGUUGACGAGGAUGAGGAUGAUUAUGAUGAUGAAGAAGAUGAUAAUUUGAUCGUCGAUCCUCUUGGUUAUCGUAAAUUAACCGUUUUUGAACGUGAACGUCAAUGGGCGCAUAGUGAUAGUUAUGCUUGGCGGUUAAUUCGUCUAGGUUUAAUGCAGUUGGCUAAACGGGAAUUGAAUAGACUUAUACAGAUAGUGGAUUUUAAUAGUGAAGAUUUAGCUGUAUAUGCACCAGGCUUGAUGACAUUAACUCGUCAAGUUGACUGUUGGAUCACUGGUUAUCGAUUAGAGUUGACAUCACCGCCAGCAAUUAAUCCAGUACAGUUGAAAUUAGGACUUAAAGGUUUUAUAGAUGAACAUCUUAUUCCAUCAGCAGAAUUUUUACCAAAUAUUGAUGAAGAUAUCACAUCGACUGGUUUACAAUCUACCACUGCUACUAAUACCAGUGGUAUCAGUAAUAUUAGUAGUGCAAAGAACAGUAAUGAACUGGCCAAUGAAUUAGCACCUUCACAAGCUGCAACACGAUCUAUGUUACGUAUGAAAAAAUUAUUGAAUACUAAGAAAACGCCUUUUCAAACACAUGAUCCCUUCUCUUUACCUGUAAAAUGUUUAUGGUGUUAUCUGGUAAGACAACCAGAAGUGGAUGACAUGUUUCUACGACAUAUAUUCCGUAAACCAUGCGUUGUCCAAUCGACAAUUACAUCACAGAUUAAAUUCUCCUUGCCAACUGGAUCCUCGAACAUUUUAUCUGGGAUGGCUAAAUCAACAUCAUCAUUGAAUUUAAAGGGUAUUACAUCUUCUACUUCUAAUAUUGGUAUGGCUGGCGCUAAUACUCCUAAUCCUAGCACCACCACCAGCACUACUCCUGGAGGUGUUCUACUGACGGAUAUGUCAAAAUCCUCAGGAAAACAAACUCGUACACAACAACAACAGCAAUCUCAAGCUUCAAGUGGAAAUCAAACAAAUUCAACUGCUUUACUCCUAGAUGAUGCUGUUCGCCUUAUUCAUAAAGAACAUGAUCCACUUAUUGCUAUGUGUAUUAAUCAGGUUAACUUCAAUGCAAUAGCAAUAGCAACACCGAAAGAGAUUAUUGAAUUAGAUAUUGAAAAUUUAGUCAAUCUACCACCAUGGUAUGCUGAUGAAGUUGAAUACGACUUGGAGUCAAUGCGUCGGCCUCAAACACGUCGAUAUCCUGAAGGUGGAACUGAUGAUUUUAUUGUUUGUGAUACCGCUGGCGGUGGUGUUGGUGGUGGUACCUCAACGAAGUAUGGUGGUGUUGAUCAUCCAUCAGAGAUGACUACAGCAUCGAAUAUAACGUCAUCAUCAACAAGUGGAUUAUCCUCGGUUGGUGAUAGUAGCUCCUCUGGUUCAGGUUCACAUGUGUUCCGUAGUAUGCACCUCCAUCCUCUACACGCGAAUUUGGCAAAUUUAUCUAAACAAGCGUUGGAACGCAGCAGACGUCUAGCUACCACGAUAUUGAAACGAACACUUCCAGCUGUCUACAGUUUAGCGUCACAUCCAACAAUGCCAUAUUACUUAUCCGGGACAGGUACUGGUUCAGUGCAUAUGUUCGAGUGGUCAACUCCUGUCCCUGUUGUUGCUGGUUUUACAAACACUUUCAGUUUAACAGCUGCUGGUGCAUCAGGACAAUUUCCAGCUGGUUCUAGAGGUGCUCGUGUCACAGCACUACAAUUCGAUGAUAGUGGAUAUCGAUUUGGUUGUGGUGAUGCUGAAGGGAAUUUCGGUCUAUGGAAUUUAUAUUCAACUAUGCCAGGGAAAUUGCCAUACUUUCGUUGUCGUUGCCACGCUAAAGGCUUAGCUGAUUUCUGUUUCUUAGGCUGUAGCAGUCUAAUAGCUACAGUCGGUAAUGGUGGUAUAUCUACAGCAUCGUUUACAAGUAGUGGACUUGUUGAAAGCACUGGUUCCACUGGCAUUGGCAGUGGUGGGGGUGGUGCUGGAGGUAUAGCACACUUCAGCUCUUCUGGAAGUGGUAGCAGUUAUUCUUCUUCUACCGGGAAUAUCAGUUUAGAUCAAGAUGCUUCUCAUUUGACUUUAUGGGAUACAUUGUUGCCAGUCAAUCGAUGUGGGGUUAUUCGUGUUCUUGAUCCUGAAUUGGAUGCUCCAUGCACAUCAAUAGCCUAUUGUGGUGCAUUUUCACAAGUGAAUCGUUGGCCACACAGUACCAGUAGCCUUUAUAAUACUGCCGAAACUUCGACGUCUUCUUCUUCUACAAAACGACUUUACACUGGUGACAGGACUGUAAUUGUUGGCAACAAGAAUGGUGAUGUAUGCAUUGUUGAUUUAAGGCGACCAAAAGUAUUGCAUAAAUUCUCAGCGCAUGAAUCAGCUGUACGAACAUUGUGUAUUGAUCCUAUGACAGAUUGUCUAAUGACUGGAGGAGCUGAUGGAAUUGUUAAAAUAUGGAGAUUAUCUGAACAAGAAUUGAUUACCAGUUUCUGUGGUGAUUUAAAUCCCACACGGGGUGCUGCAGUUGUCGCUGCUGCUGCCUUAUUCCGUGGCAAUCAGUCAGCAGCGAUUAUUGCUGCAACAAAUCCAGGCAUAUCAGAUAUACGUCUGCUGCCGACAGUGACAGGUGCAUCAUUAUUACUACGUCGUCAACAUUCAUCAAACAACACAAUGAUUGCAACAACAACAACAACAACCAGCAGCAGUAACAAUAAUCCUUUCAUAAAAGAAUAUGAUCCAUCCAUGGAUCUAACCGGUUCAACUGGUCAGAAUCAAAAACACUCGAUAACUGCUGCAUCUAUAGCCUGUCGAUUCUUGAGCUGUGGUGCUGACGGUGGUCUACGUAUGCGUUCAUUGGUUGUUCGUCCAAAACCUUUUAUGGUGCAUUAAAUAAAAUGCCAAUGCAGUGCGGUGCGUAGAAAACUAGAUAGACAGACAGACAGGC